AUGGUGCAGCAGUCGUCGUCCGAAGGUCUCUUCCUGCCUCAGAUCCCCGCCGUCGCCGUCGCCUUCCAAGUGCUUGGCCUCUGGACUGCAUGGGUCAAGCUGGGCGCUUCGGGCUUCUUCGUGAUCACAGGACUGCAGAAGCUGGAAAGUCUGCCGGAGAAGGGGGCUCUAACAUUAGACACCACGUGGAUCAGAAUGGCAACGGCAUACCGACAGCAAGAGCUGGUGAUGGAACACGGUCUCGCUCCCAGAGCAGAGGUUGGACCAUGGACCCCAGAGAACCCACUUGAAUAG